UGUUUCAUUGUAAUUAAAUGUUUUGUAGAAAUUUAUUUGUUUAUUAUUGUGAAAAAUUCUAAUUAUUUAAACAUUUUCUUCAUAGCUGGCUCAAAAUGAUACAUUUAACUGGCCAAAAUUAUAAUACUCGGGAGAUAGUUCAAAAUAUCUUCUCACCUUUGAUAGGAGUACUCACCAGUCCUUAUGCAGACGAGGUGUGUCAUCGCAACAAUUUAUCAUUUGUCGAAUUGCUGCAACCAUUUGCUAAAUUGCAAAAUGAUGCUCAUUUUCGUGAUGUUUCGGGCACCAGUGUUUCCAUAAGGGGCCUGCGUUUAAAUUUCUGUGAUGUAGACUGGAGGCCACCUCAAACAGUUUUGGCCCGUAAAAUGCUUAACGAAUCGGUGACCAAUGCCCAUAAUGACAAGACUAAAGUAGUUCAUAUAGGAGAUGUCAGCUUAGAGGUACCCACAGCAGAACCUUGGUUUGAAAAUUGGCGUGAAACCUUUCUAACGGUGCAAUUUCCAGCCGAUCAUGAAUUUACCAGACAUUUAUUAAGUUGCCUCAUAGUUUUAUCUAGCGGAGAUCCAAAUAUUGUUGAAACCGCCCACAAACUGUCUCAAAAUGUUCAUCAAAUGCAAAGUGUUACGCCCCAAAAACUUCCCAAAUGGUUUCAAUCAUCUGAUGUUCUUAAUAGCUAUAUUGUGCUACACGAAGGCAGUCAAGGAGAUUUGAGUAGGGCUCAACAGGGCUAUGAAAUGUUAAAAUCUACUUUCGGCGACACUAAAUGCUUUCUUAUACAAAUCAAUUCAUUGGACUCGAAUGUUACCAGUGAAGUGCCCGAUUAUUGGGCGCCAUUUUUAAGGCGACAACCAAAAUCCAGUGAUAAUCUGGGUUCAGGCGGUACGGGCGGUGACCAGUUGAGUGGCCAUAAAACUCCCCAGGAUAAUCUAUCCGUUAUAGGCAUGUCCACAAUGCAAAUGUCUUCUUUAAGUGAUGCUGUAGCGAAUAGUGAAACAAAUGAUUUAGCAGGAAUUAUGCAUCCACUUAGUCCGGUACAGGAGAAUGCCACAGAGGCCAUAAAUUCGAAAUUUUCCAUUAGCAGUGAAAGUAUUGCCUCUCAAACUAUAAAUCCUAACGUUUGGACUGGCGACUAUGAUGCACCACAUGGCCAAUGUCUAAAUUCCAUGGAUGUGGAAAAUUUAAGGCAUUUUGUACAAGAUUAUGCUGUCAGAGCUCUAAUACCGUACGUAGAACAUUUGGUGGGCAUACUAAAUGAAGCAGUCACAAAUAAAAAAGGUGUCAGUAAGUCGUUAUUAAGUGCAACAAAACGUUGGUUUGUUACCAGCAAACCGGGCGCCAGUGUUAGUAAUCAAAAUGCUGUCAUUUACACCCAUGAAUCGGCCGAAUUGCAGACACGCAAACUAGGUGAUUUGUAUUUUAUGUUUGGCCAUUAUAAUAUGGCUUUUCAGGCCUAUCAUCAGGCUAAACGGGACUUUAAUGCUGAUUCGGCUUGGCAAUAUUAUGCAGGAGCUUUGGAAAUGGCAGCUUUAUCAGCAUUUAUGCUGGGAACGGCCAAUCGUAAAACCUAUGACUAUAUGGAAGAUGCUAUAGUUUGUUAUUUAAAUACUUGCAGAUUGCAACAAUUUGCCACACGCGCCACCUUGUUAAGUAUGGAAUGCUUGAAAACAGCACGUUAUUAUGGCGAGGCAGCCAAACAAUUAAUACGCAUGACCAGUGAAGAAUCUGAUUUGCGUUCAGCCUUAUUAUUGGAGCAGGCAGCCUAUUGCUUUUUAGCUUCUUCACCGGCCAUGCAUCGCACUUAUGCCUUUCAAAUUGUUUUAUCUGGCAAUCGUUAUUCUCGUGCUGGCCAGCGUAAGCAUGCCUAUCGUUGUUAUAGUCAAGCCUAUCAAGUAUUCCAACAUAAAGGCUGGAGUUUGGCCGAAGAUAAUAUACAGCAUACUAUGGCCAAACAGGCAUAUAUGCUGAAGAAACUAGAAGAAGCCAGUCGUUCAUUGGCUCAUCUGUUGCGGCCGGGCAGUUUGCAAAAUGGUCAACAGCAAAUGAGUUUUCUUAAAGAGUUUAUACAAACACAAAAUGAAUAUAUCAAACGCCAUCCUGAGUUAGGUUUACUAGCCCAUGCUUUGCCUCAAGUUGAACAAGACUCGAUAAAAGUGCUUACUCUGUCGCCUGCACCUACAGCCAGUGCUAAUCAUAUACCAGCCUCUAAUAUUGAUAUAAAUACCGAUUUAAAUGAGGAAUCAGUUUGGCAUAAAAUCGAAGAAAUGAUCGUGACUACUGCUUCUGCUAAUAAACCUUUGGUUUUUAAACCCUCGAGAAGUUUAUUCACCAAAGAAAAUCCUACAACCGAUAAUCCAUUCGCCAUACAGGGUGAACCCAUCGAAAUUGCUGUUACUAUUUCAAAUACCAUACGUUGCAGUAUUAUCUUAAAUAAUGUGGAACUAUUAUGGCGCUUGAAACUCGAUAAUGAGGAGGAGUUAACAAAUAUUAGUCUUUUCGAAAAUGCAACUGAAAAUCCCAAUAAAGCCGCUGUGAUGGCUGCUAUAAAAACAAGUGGUUUACAAACUUUGCAACUAGAUGAAAAGGGCAGUCAAACACUGUACUUUAAAUUAACACCAAAAUUAACUGGCCGUCUUACUAUAGUGGGCAUGGUAGCUAAUGUGGCAUCAGCCGCUGAACCCCACAACACUUUAAUGGGUUCUUUGCAAUUUGAGACACAAACCUUUAGGCCGCCCGGCAAACUGAGCAAACAAACCUUAUUCGAUCAAAAACUUAAUAUACGGGUUAUACCCUCGGUUCCCUGGUUGAAUGUCAGCUUCUCUACCAUACCCACAGAUUUAAUAGCGGGGGAAAUUAUUCCCGUAACCAUACAAUUAAGAAAUGAGGGCAUAAAACCCAUAGAAGAAAUUUAUUUGGGUUGUGACAAUCCCAGAUGGUUGACGUUGCAAGACAAAGAUGCUGAUAUACCUUUGUCCAUACUUAGUUCCCUCAAAGAUUUAAGCAACGAAAAAUUAGUAAAAGAUAAAGAAAUACGUAGACAACAUGUUUUUCGUUUACUCAAAAACAAAACCAAUGACAAUGUGGCCCUAAAGGCACAAGAAGCCACCACUGUAACAGCCUGGCUACAAGCCCCCUUCGACAAGGGUGACUACACCUUGCAUUUACUAUUUUAUUAUGCUUUACCUUCGUCAGACUCAAGUCUUAAAUAUCGUUUGGUACGCCAUAAUUGGAAAUUUAAUAUACACGAAAGUCUACACACCGAAGUGAGUUGUGUUAUAAGUAAUUCCGUCACUGGUGAAUUGGGUCUUAAUGUUGAGGUACGCAAUGAAAAUAAACUGCACCAUCCUUUAAUGUCGGAAUUGUACAUUAAUUCGUUGGCCUUGUACUGUGAGCAAUUUAAAUUAAAUAAAGAGAAAUUCUACUUAAUGAAUCAAAUGGAUAUAACUGGUGGACUUUUGGGAGAACGCUGCCUUAAAUCAACCAAAACCGCCAGUUUUCAAUGCCGUUUACUAAAGCCUACUAAUGCAGAGCCUAUGCCCUCUACUUUUCCCUCUCAUGAUAUACUCAAACCACGUCUCUCUUAUAUGGAUGUUAUGCCCAUGAAGACAACAACGCCCCAUCCAGAACAAAACAUUCCAAAAAUGUCUGAAAUUUAUAGUUUUUUGAGCAAUCACGAAACAAUUUAUUUCAAUACCAACAUUACCACAGAAGAAUUCAAUAACACGGUGGCCUCCUAUGAACCACACACUACACUGGCUGUCUGCUGGACAGCUGCCAUUGUACAAAAUUCUAUACAACGUUUGGCUUACGGACAACAUUUCGUGCAAUUGAAGUAUUUAUAUGAAAAGAAAACGUGUCCAUUAACGGGCGAACUGAAGCAGUUUAAAAAUCUUGACAAAGAUCAAGAAAAGCUCUUGACUAUUGCUGAAUUUGCGCAAAAGAAAUCACAUGAGAUCAAUGAAGUAUUAGUGGAUGAUAAGGUUAAAGCUGAACAAUUGCAAACAUUCGAUGAUGAUGAGGAUGACUUCUGGGAACCGAAUGACACGUAUGUGGGACAAAGAUGUCUAUUAGAGGAUGAAACAUUUUUGGUUGCAACAAAAGCUUAAAUAUAAAACGUAAUGUAAUUGGUUAGUUUGUUCAUUAAUAUAUUGUGAAAACAAGAAAAUAUAUAUACAACAUAAA